GGGCUGACCCCUUGGGGGUCGCGGGGGCAGCGAGGGAGAGGGAGCUGGAGCCCGGGGGACCUGGCCGGCCCCGGGUGGACGGCUCCGGGGGUCUGUUGUGGAAGCCGCGGUCCUUGUUUUCCGCGCCUGGCCCCUUGUGAGGCCGGAUGCGUCCACCCUUGGACUGGAUUCAGGAGGCCGCCGCUUUCCUUCUUGCCCCUCUUGGAUUUUCUGGAUGCUUGAAAACCCAGUGGCCCAGGAGGAGGAGGAGGAAGGAGGAAGGAGCAGAUCUGCGGAGGAAUGCGAGCGCCUCCCAAGGCCUUAGGAGCCAGAAGGAGCUGGGAGCCAGCGCGUCUGUGCCGGGGUCUGGAGCCCAGCGGGGCUGCGCGAGAAUUCUCUGCGAGUUCUGAGCGUCCUUCUUCCCGGGCAAAGAGUGGACCUUCUGUCCCCUCGGGCCAGUUCCUCCCAGUCACUUAACUUUUAUUUUUCUGGAAGCGAGAGGAAGGGAGGCCGGGAGCCCCCCGGGGCUGCCAAGGGACUAUGGACAUGCACCGGCACCGCUCCCAGGCCAGACCUGACCGGGCAGUUUCUGGGCCCCAGACGUUGCCUUGAAGACGCAGAGACUGGACAGCAUCUGCGGUUGCCAGAACCUUAGGACCCAGAGCUGAGCCGCUGUGUGACUGUGUUUGCGUUGCUGCUGCAUUCACGGACACUCGAGGGGGUUGGGGGAAGGACCCCUUCCCCGCCUGUCUCUCUGCCACCCAGCCAGCCAUGGCACUGAGGGGCCGAGCCCUGUAUGACUUCCGCAGCGAGAACCAAGAGGAGAUCAGCAUCCAGCAGAAUGAGGACCUGGUCAUCUUCAGUGAGACCUCGCUGGACGGCUGGCUGCAGGGCCAGAACAGCCGGGGCGAGACGGGGCUCUUCCCCGCCUCCUACGUGGAGAUCAUCCGAGGGGGCCCCGGCGCCAACCACGCCGACUACUUCAGCAGCGCCACCUCCGCUGUGUCUCUGGGUGCCCAGGUGAGCUGGUACGACAGCCCCUCCAGGGGUGGCGUGGGCAGUGGCUUCCUCUCCAACCAGGGCAGCUUUGAGGAGGAGGAUGACGAUGACUGGGAUGACUGGGACGAUGGGUGCACGGUGGUGGAGGAGCCCCGGGCCGGCGGGCUGGGCGCCAACGGGCACCCCCCUCUCAACCUCUCCUAUCCCGGCGCCUACCCCAGCCAGCACAUGGCCUUCCGGCCCAAGCCGCCCCUGGAGCGGCAGGACAGCCUGGCGUCCGCCAAGCGGGGCAGCGUGGUGGGUCGCAACCUCAACCGUUUCUCGUGCUUCGUGCGCUCGGGCGUGGAGGCCUUCAUCCUGGGUGACGUGCCCAUGAUGGCCAAGAUCGCCGAGACCUACUCCAUUGAGAUGGGCCCUCGGGGCCCCCAGUGGAAGGCCAACCCCCACCCCUUUUCCUGCUCUGUCGAGGACCCCACCAAGCAGACCAAAUUCAAGGGCAUCAAAAGCUACAUCUCCUACAAGCUCACGCCCACCCACGCCGGCUCCCCCGUCUACCGGCGAUACAAGCACUUCGACUGGCUCUACAACCGCCUGCUGCACAAGUUCACUGUGAUCUCCGUGCCGCACCUGCCCGAGAAGCAGGCCACGGGCCGCUUCGAGGAGGACUUCAUCGAGAAGCGGAAGCGGCGGCUCAUCCUCUGGAUGGACCACAUGACCAGCCACCCCGUGCUGUCGCAGUACGAGGGCUUCCAGCACUUCCUCAGCUGCCUGGACGACAAGCAGUGGAAGAUGGGCAAGCGCCGGGCGGAGAAGGACGAGAUGGUGGGCGCCAGCUUCCUGCUCACCUUCCAGAUCCCCACGGAGCACCAGGACUUGCAGGACGUGGAGGACCGGGUGGACACCUUUAAGGCCUUCAGCAAGAAGAUGGACGACAGCGUCCUGCAGCUCAGCACCAUCGCGUCGGAGCUGGUGCGUAAGCACGUGGGGGGCUUCCGCAAGGAGUUCCAGAAGCUGGGCAGCGCCUUCCAGGCCAUCAGCCACGCCUUCCAGAUGGACCCCCCGUUCAGCUCCGAGGCCCUCAACAGUGCCAUCUCUCACACGGGCCGCACCUACGAGGCCGUCGGGGAGAUGUUCGCCGAGCAGCCCAAGAACGACCUCUUCCAGAUGCUCGACACGCUGUCCCUCUACCAGGGCCUGCUCUCCAACUUCCCCGACAUCAUCCACCUGCAGAAAGGCGCCUUUGCCAAGGUGAAGGAGAGCCAGCGCAUGAGUGACGAGGGCCGCAUGGCGCAGGACGAGGCCGACGGCAUCCGCAGGCGCUGCCGGGUCGUGGGCUUUGCCCUGCAGGCCGAGAUGAACCACUUCCACCAGCGCCGCGAGCUCGACUUCAAGCACAUGAUGCAGAACUACCUGCGCCAGCAGAUCUUCUUCUUCCAGCGUGUGGGGCAGCAGCUGGAGAAGACGCUGCGCAUGUACGACAACCUCUGACCACGCCGCACAGACCCCGGCUGAGCAGGGCUCUGCAGGGGGCCCACUGCCCC